AUGCUGCCUAUCGUCGAGCAACAGCUGGAUGCGGAGUUCACCGUUCACCGGCUUUACGACGCCGAGGACGAACAGGCGAUGCUGGCGGAGGUUGGCGAUCGGAUCCGGGGCGUUGCACUGUCGUGGUGGCAGGUGAACGAGGCUUUCCUGAAACAGCUCCCGAAUGCCGAGAUCGUUGCCAGUUUCGGUGUCGGCUACGACCACGUGGAUACCGACGCCUGCCUGGCAGCGAAUGUGAUGGUGACCCACACGCCGGAUGUCCUGUCAGAAGAAGUCGCGGACACGGCAAUCGGCCUGCUGCUCAUGACCGUGCGCGAGCUUGGACAGGCGGAACGGUGGCUGAGAGACGGCAACUGGGCAGAAAACGGCGCCUACCCGCUCACCCAGGCAACCAUGCAAGGCCGCACACUCGGCAUUUUCGGUCUCGGGCGUAUCGGCAAGUCGAUCGCGCGGCGCGCGGAAAGUUUCGGCCUCAAGGUCGCGUAUCAUGGCCGCUCCCGCCAGGACGGUGUCGAUUAUCCCUUUCACGCCAGCCUCGUGGCGCUUGCAGCGGCCUGUGACACCAUGAUGGUGGUGGCACCGGGAACUCCUGAAACGAGGCACGCCGUCAACGCAGAGGUCCUGAAGGCCCUCGGACCGACAGGUAUCGUCAUCAAUAUCGGCAGAGGUUCGGUAAUCGACGAGACAGCCCUUACAGAAGCGCUCGAGAAGGGCACGAUAUAUGGCGCAGGUCUCGAUGUCUUCGAAGAAGAGCCCUGCCGGCCUGAACGCCUCAUGAAACUGCCGCGUGUUACCCUGCUGCCCCAUGUCGGAUCAGCCUCGCAGGCAACCCGCAAUGCCAUGGGACAACUCGUCGUCGACAAUCUGAAAAGCUGGUUUUCCACCGGACGUCCGCUCACUGCGGUGCCCGAGUUGAAACAAAAAUGA